AUGCUACCCCUCGGUCUACUAAACGCGGCCCAAGGCCACCCCAUGCUGGUCGAACUUAAGAAUGGCGAGACUCUCAACGGACAUCUGGUUUCCUGCGACACAUGGAUGAACCUUACACUCAGGGAGGUGGUCCAGACCAGCCCUGAGGGCGACAAGUUUGUGCGGUUACCGGAGGUUUACGUCAAAGGAAACAACAUCAAAUACCUUAGAGUGCCAGACGAGAUUAUCGACCAGGUUAGCGAGUCCCAGAGAGGUCAGCAAGGAAACUUCCGCGGCGGACGAGGAGGACAGUCAAGAGGCGAUCACGGUGGACGAGGCGGUGACCGUGGACGCGGUCGUGGUGGUGGUAGAGGCCGCGGACGAGGACGAGGUCAAUAA